AUGCCUGAACAUAUUGAUUCACAGGUAUCUACACCUAAAACGAGCAUGUCACAGUCUUCCUCCGUUGAGGAUCUCAACGCCACCCAGAAGUCACAUCCUUCACCUCUCCAGCGCUUGAAGAAACAAUGGAAGGAGAUAAAAAAGGAGUGGGGACCUCUCAUGGCCGCCAAAGAGGACAUAUAUGAUGAAUACACCUUCCCACCGGGCCGUUAUUCUGGGCAAAAAUAG